AUGCCGCUAGCCCCUCCCGCCGCCGCCGCCGCCGCCGCCGCCGUCGCUGCCGACGCCCGUCGCCGACGAGUGCCCGCGCCGCCAGUCUGGGCGCCCCGCCCCCAGCGCCCGCCGCUGCCCCUGGUAGCAGUGCUGCUGCUCGCGCUGACCACCGUGUCGCCGCCUUGCUGCGAGGCCGGCCCGCGGUACAGCUCCCGCAUCGUCGAGACGCGGUCGGGCGCCAUCCGUGGGGUUAUCCUGCAGCUCAACUCGCGACACCUCGAGCCCGUCGAGGCCUUCCUCGGCGUGCCGUACGCCGCCCCCGCGACGCGCUUCUCGCCGCCACAGCCGCCGCUCGCCUGGCAGGGCACGCGGCUGGCGGACACCUUGGGGCCGGUGUGCCCGCAGAGGCCGCCAGACAUUUCGAACCGCACGGCGGCGCUGCUGAGGAUGCCCAGGGGCCGCUACCUGCAGCUGCGCAGGAUGCUGCCGCUGCUGCGCAACCAGAGCGAGGACUGCCUCUUCUUCAACCUCUACGUCCCUGCCAGCGGGAACAGAGGGCUGGAAGCUCCGUAUGCGGUGGUGGUGUACAUCCACGGCGAGUCCUUCGAAUGGAACUCUGGAAAUCCUUACGACGGCAGCGUUCUGGCCAGCUACGGCCACGUCAUCGUCGUCACCUUCAACUACCGGCUCGGCAUUCUCGGUUUCCUGAGGACGCGCAGCGGGCCGAACGCGGCGGGGGACCUGGCGCUGCAGGACGCCGUGUCUCUGCUGACGUGGCUGCGGCUCAACGUGGCGGCCUUCGGCGGUGACCCGCAGCGCGUCACGCUGCUGGCGCACGACACAGGCGCCGCGCUCGCCCACCUGCUGCUGCUGCUGCCUGCCGCCAGGGGUCUGGUGACGCGCGCGGUGCUGCUGUCGGGGUCGGCGCUGAGCCCGUGGGCGUCGCCGUCUCCGGCGCGCCACGACGCUCUGCGGGCGCGCGUCGCGCGGCUGCUGGGCUGCGACCCCGGCCUGCCCGACGUGGCGCCGUGCCUGCGCGCGCAGCCGCUGGCGGCGCUGCUGUCGGUGGACGUGUCGCCGCCGCGCUUCCUGCCGCGCUUCGGGCCGUCGCCCGACGUGCCGCCCGGCCUCGCCACCGAGCGCGCCGCCGACCCCUUCGUCAGCUGCGACCUCAUGCUCGGCAUCACCAGCACCGAGAGCUACCUCGACUUCAGCGCCGCCGACAUCCAGUACGGCUUCGAGGAGGACGAGCGCGACCGCGUGCUGCGCACGUACAUCCGCAACACGUACGUGUACCACCUCAACGAGAUCUUCUCGGCGGUGCGCAACGAGUACACCGACUGGGACAAGCCCAUACUGCACCCCAUCAACAUCCGGGACUCCACCAUGGAGGCCCUCAGCGACGGACACACAGUGUCGCCCGUGAUCCGCACCGCCUACCUGCACUCGCGCCGCGGCGCCCGCACCUACCUCUUCCACUUCGCCUACCAGACUAAGGACAGCGACUAUCCACAGCGCUUGGGCAGCGUCCGCGGCGAGGACGUGAGCUACGUGCUGGGCCUGCCGCUGGUGGGCGGCGUGCCCAACUUCCCGCAGAACUUCUCCCGCCAGGACAUGGGCGUCGCCGAGGCCGUGCUCACCUUCCUCACGAACUUCGCCAAGACUGGGGACCCGAACGAGCCCCGUGAGCAGAACACGGACUACGGCACCCCGCAGGAGAAAACCCGCUACCGUGCGCUGCACUGGGACGCCUACGAGACUGGCAACCAGCAGUACUUAAGUCUGGCGCUGAAGCCUCGGAUGAAGAGCCAUUACCGUGGGCACAAAAUGGCCAUCUGGCUGAACCUCAUCCCACAGUUGCACCAGGCGGGCGACGGUGACGUCAGCAUGCGGCACCACAACUUCCACGAGCGCGACGAGUCCUACUACUCAGGUGUGGUGCGAGCGGAGUCGUUCACGCGACUGCCGACGCCGCAGCACGUGUCGACGGCGGCGUCCUACUCGCCCGCGGGGGCGGCGGGUGAGUGCGCGCCCAACGCGACCGGCACGGCGUUCCCGGACGACGGCGACGUGGACACGGUGGAUCCGGAGGACGGCCUGGCGGCCGGCGACGGCGGCGACGGCCGGCUGCUGGCCACCACGCAGUACUCGUCCUACACGGCGGCGCUCGGCCUCACCGUCGGCAUCGGCUGCCUGCUGCUCGUGCUCAACGUGCUCAUCUUCGCCGGCAUCUACUGGCAGCGCGAGCGGCGCGCGCGCCGCAGGGCCGGCGCCAAGGACGCGCUGCCCGAGGACGUGCCGCUGGCGCAGCUCACGCCCAACGUCAUCAAGCUGGAGGAGCCGCCGCCCAGGUACUCGCCCGGCGGCGGCACCAAGCUGAACGCGGUGCCCACGUCGCCGCCCGUGCCGCCGCUCAGGACCUCCAGCAAUCCGCAGCCGUCGGCGACCGCCACCGUCAAGAAGAGGGUCCACAUCCAGGAGAUCUCCGUAUAGCACUUGGAGGAAGGCGCCACCGCCGACUGCGACCCUCCGCCGCCGCCGCCGCCCCCGCGCCGCGGCUCGGUCACGCUCGCCGUGUCGCCUUCGAGGAUCGUCGAAAUCUACGCUACCUGCCCGAGGUCUUCGGCGCAGGUCAAGAAGAGGGUGCGCAUUCAAGAGAACCCCGUGUGACACAGUCGUGUUCACAUGUGACGCAGUGUUUAGUUUGGAAGGCAAUUGACGUUACAGACGCUCUAACAGUGUUCUCUCUAUUCUCGUUUAAGCGGGGCAUAUGAUCAAACAAGGCCAAUAACUUCUCUCGAGAGUCGUUUGACUCGCCUUCGAAACAAGUUGACUUACUCACGUCGCGAAAUAACUGUCUUGAAGAGCAAAAAGGGAUAUUGAUGAGAUGACAUGUUCAUAAAAUAAAAUUAAUGUACUUUGAAGCCAUUUACUGUUUGACUGUGUAUUCCCUCCUCCUAAGUGUGAGUAUAUUCAGAUCCUGCAAAGUGGUUACUAUUCUUUAGGACUAAUACUUCUUAUGAAACCAUAGCGAACCAAACGCAAACCGUACCGAUAUAAAUAUGUCGAAAACUUUUAAAGUGACAAGAAAUCGUGGUGGUGAUUAUACAGCGUGACCCUAAUAAAGAUUCGGAGACACUUCACGGGUGUUUUCUGAGCAUUUUGGUAUAAGUGAGUCGAGUAACCGGUAGCUUUGUACUGAAUAAUUCCUUUAUGAUCAUUUAUCUUGAUAGCUGCUCUACAGUAAAUUCUUGCAGGUCAGUUCAAAUGUCAAAGUUACACGCUUUAUUUGUCUUGCUAGCUGCUCUAUAGCAAAUUCCUGGAGAACAAUCCAAAUGUCAAUGGUACACGCUAUAUGUGUCGUGUUUCGAGAAACACACUUGUUGAUUUAACACACACGGUACUUGGAAUCACUUUAAUCUUCACCGGUGACUUUGCUUUCAGUACUGUUUGGUUAUGUCUCGGUUUGCUUUAACCGGCAAUGAUUCACAGCAGUAUCAGCUCUCAUUGAUGAGUUAGCUAAUACGUUCUUCGUAUGUGGAUUUACUAAAAACAACAGACGAGUGUCAAGAAGAUGACAAUCACUUCACAGAACUAAUAGCGGUUGCAUUAUCCAGUAUUUUAAAAUGAACAUUUUUAUGAGUGCAUUUUACAGACUUUUCACUGUUUUGAAGGUAUUUUCAAUAAAACAAAGAUUACUAGGGCAAGAAACGGAAUAAAUUUACUUUAAGAGCCGUUGAGAGCCACCACAAUACACGGGGCCAUUAUACCAAAAUACUUAGAAAAUAUCCCUCAGCAACCUCCGAAAUUUAGUCUGUGGGGUACGAGUUCACACUCUGUAAGGAUACGAUGUCUCCAUACUAAGAAAGCAGUGGCAUUUUCUAGCCCUCUUGUGUCACAAACGGCAGCAAAAUAUAAUACUGUGCCAGUAAUUUUUUUUCCGAUUACCUAACUUCCGUAUUUCUGAUCCAGAACUGCAGAUAAAAUUUUUACUACGUAAUUCGCAACGCUACAGAUGCCCAGAGAACAUAUCGAGGUAGACAAUCACUUGCUGAUUGUAACACAAGACGCAAAGCGGAGAACGAAUCACCCGUAUGGUUUUUGAUGGUUACAUAAAGUAUCUUCGCAUAACGAUGAAGGAUUUGUUCAUUUAAAAAAGAAGUGUAGUGUAGCGGGUAAUGUUCGCUGUUUUCGAAAUAUUCGUUAAAAUUACUUAUUUACGUGAAUGAAUUGUUAUUAUUACUGUUCUAAACGUAAUCUGAUUAAAUUUUUCUCAUAUUUUUAAGUUACACUUUAUUCAAUUUUUAUCUCCCAACAAAACGUAUAAUCUUUUGCAUGCUUCAAAAUGGUUCAAAUGGCUCUGAGCACUAUGGGACUUAACUUCUGAAGUCAUCAGUCCCCUAGAGCUUAGAACUCCUUAAACCUAACUAACCUAAGAACAUCACAUACAUCCAUGCCCGAGACAGGAUUUGAACCUUCGACUAUAGCGGUCGCGUGGUUCCAGACUGUAGCUCCUAGAACCGCUCGGCCACCCCGGCUGGCUUUCAUGCUUCACCACAAAUAUUUCAAUCACAACAUAGCACUUAAAAUUAUACUCUAUACGUUCUGGAUGAAAACGUAGCGUAACGUUUAAUAAUUUCUGUAAUACUAACUGCACGUAAGUUACGAGAAAUUUCGCCGAAUAAUUAUCGGAGUAUGUUCAGUUUGCACCUUACUACGACGAAGUGAAAUACUUUCUACAGUUCACAGUAUUCCGCAUUUACAAUAUUCAGAGAGAUAAGGGGGUAAGACUCUCAUCUGAUAGCGAUUAAAAUCUAAUUUUAUAACAAGCACACAACACACCAUGCGAAUGAAAAUUGAAAAAUUACUGCAUUCAAUAGUGUGACCCUGAUCCAGUUUUAUGUUAAGUCCUUCACACGUUUCUAAAACGUGCCCUACUUGAAAAUUUUUAUUGAUUGUCACAAUCAUGUAGCAAUGCAUAAAAGAUUACUUCCAUGAAGCGUCUUCUCUCGUAUUUGAAAUAUCAUCAUAAAGAAAUACAUAUAUAUUUUACGCAGUGAUGUUUACAUCUCAAUACAUAUCAGGAAAUAUAGAACUAACAAAAUUCUCCACCAACAAAAACAGGAAAAUAUUUAUAAAAAAUUAUAUAAACAGUUCAUGACUAACAAAAUAUUAACCGAUAACUUUGACUCACAUAAGAACUUUAAGAGAGGAUGUGUUAAGAAUCGCUUUGGAUGGCUACCAUUUUUCCUUCUACGUCUAUGAGUACAGUCACUUGACGGAAGGUAUAAUGCAGUAUCUGCUCUACUUCCACAAAACGUUUGUAGUUCCACUUUCCCUAUAGUAUCAUCAAACAAAAAUAAGACAAAUUAGGGAUUCGUGACAAGUGCAGAAUAAGCUGCAUAAAACUAUUUCUGCUGCCUGUGGCAGCGAAUAAUUUUACAUAUUUGUUAUACUACUGGACACUAUGUAUAUUCCAAGUGUCGCUAUUUUCUACUUUUGGCAAACAUGUACUACGGAUUCCAAUGACGUUUUCAUUCUGUGUGACUUUGACGUUAAUCAGGUAUGUUCGAAUGAAAUUACAUAAAAAGAAGCGAAACUUUCCGUUCUGAUAUAAUUGACACAGCAAAAUUUUUCCACUACUGGUUAUUCACAAGAACCAAAAACUCAAUUUUUGGAAUAUAGUGAACAGACAAGAAUGCGAAAUAGUGUGCUACAUGAAAUCAUAGAGUGUAUCCAUGUUGGUGGUUUAUAUUAAAAAAAUAAAUUUAUUAAUUUUCGUCAUUGCGUAUCUGUCAUUAAUCCAAACAGAACACACAUCUCUACAGAAAUUUCGAGUUUAGUUCAAAUGGAGUGUGUGUCAAGAAAAUUCAUUUACGUUAUUUGGAAUUUUGUUCUGUGAAAC